AUGGUGCUGAUGCAGAUCUUUGACUAUCAGAAGAACCGGAUUAGUCAGUGGACGAACAUUUCCUCAACGGAGUGGAUAUUGCAGCUUUCUCACGAGUUGAACCCAGAGGCUCAGAUAGGGAAGUACACGCUAAAGGCUUUCAUUGGUGAAAGAACAAUCUCCCAUGUUUUUGAGGUGAAAAAAUAUGUUUUACCAAAGUUUGACGUGACUGUAAACACACCACAGAUGUACAGCGUUGGAGAUGAGGGACUGAAUGUUGAGGCUUGUGCCAAAUACACAUAUGGCCAACCUGUACCUGGUCAAGUCUUGGUGGAAGUAUGUCGUGAGCUGUUUCCAUACGCCGUGGCUCCUGAGUUGACCCGUUGGUGUCUGAAUCAAACCGCAGAGAUGAAUGCCACUGGCUGUGCCUCCCUUACCGUCGACACCUCAAUGUUUUUCAACACCAAAUUUGAAAAUAGAAUGCAAGACACUUUUCUUGUAAAUGUGAACAUCACUGAGGAGGGAACAGAUAUAGUGAUGUCAAAAUCUGCUACAGUGUCCAUUACUUUUGAAGUCGGCAAGGUUGCGUUUGUGGACAUCCCUGAUCAUUUUGAACCUGGAUCAGUGAUUAAUGGAAAGAUCUCAGUGUCUCGUUUCGAUGGUACUCCAAUUGCAAACAAAGUUGUUUAUCUCCUGGAUGGGAACAGCUGGCCCAAUAAACAGCUGAUGGAUCUGACCACAAACCAGAAAGGACUAGCCACAUUCUCUCUCAACACUGCCAAUCUUCCUAAAGCUGCUCUCAAUCUUCUGGCAAGUGUGACCCCAGCAGUUGUUUAUAGUUACAAAUCGCCAUACUUCACAACAGAUUCAAGGGUUGUUCAGCUUCUCCAACCGGGUUCUUUCAGUAACCCAUCUAGUGCACUGACUAUAGUGACGCUCGAGCAGCCGCUCAAAUGUGGUGCUACGUUUCCAGUGACCGUGGAGUAUUCUUUUGUUGGAGAGGCUGGUGGCUACAGCACUGACAUCAUCUUUAUGGUCUUGUCCAGAGGAAUAAUCGUCCUCCAUGGAUUUCGGACGGUCACAGCGAGGGCUUCUAAUACAGUCAUGAGCGGCUCAGUGUCGUUCCAGCUGUCUGUCAGUGUCGAUAUGGCUCCAGUAGUGCAGAUUCUGGUUUACUGCGUUCUGCCCAGUGAGAAUGUGGUUGUUGGCAGUGCGUCAUUUGACACUGAAAUGUGUCUCCCAAACCAGGUGUCUCUAAAGUUCUCUCCUGCUACGGCCGUUCCUGCGGAGAAAUGUUCUGACGGUUACCCAAACAGCAUUCUGGAAGAGCCAGAGUGUCUAGGUUUUGGACCCAGCCCACCUUUUGAACCCAUUCUAGCUCUUCGUAGAGAUCGCCGGGGUUUUUGGAUAAAUCCUCCCUACAUUUCUCCUACGAAUCAAGCUUACACAACCUUCAUGAGCAUGGGAAUUAAGGUAGCAACAAAUCUCGACGUGCAAGCCCCUCCGUGCCCGGAGUAUCCCAGAUUCCCAGAAGAGAUGAGAUUUCAUGGUCUUCCUGUAGACAUGGAAAUGGCUGCUAUGCCUGCAGCUGAAGUGGCUCCGGCUGAAAUGGCUCCUUUAAAAGCAGAAAGUGGUGGAAUUGACACUAACUCCUUUGAAGUGACAAUCAGGACCUACUUCCCAGAAACAUGGCUCUGGGAGCUUGCUGAAGUGGGAGACACUGGAUCCACACAACUUCCCCUCACUGUUCCUGACACCAUCACCACAUGGGAGACUGAGGCGUUCUGCCUGUCCUCUAAAGGUUUUGGUCUGGCUCCUCCUGCUCUGCUGACGGUCUUCCAGCCCUUCUUCCUGGAGCUCUCCCUGCCGUACUCCAUCAUCCGUGGAGAGUCUUUUGAGCUGAAGGCCACGGUCUUCAGCUAUCUGUCCAAGUGCAUCAUGGUUAAAGUAACUCCAGCUUCAUCCACGGCCUUCACUCUUAAACCAUAUACUGAUCCGUAUUCAUCCUGUCUUUGUGCCAAUGGGAGAAAGACCUUUAAAUGGGUUCUCUCAGCUUCAGUUCUUGGAGCCGUCAAUGUGACUGUCAAUGCUUCAGCUGAACCAUCGCAGACUCGAUGUGGCACUGAAAUCGUGACUGUACCAACGAGAGGACGCAUUGAUGUUGUCACUCGAAGUCUACUUGUCCUGCCUGAAGGAGUUGAACGGACAAACACCCAGAGUUUUCUACUGUGUCCAAAGGGAAACAUUCUUUCUGAAGAUGUGACUCUGAUGUUUCCAACAAACGUGAUUGAAACUGAGCAUCUGACCAAUCCUUCAGUCCUUGGGGACAUAAUGGGUCGUGCACUGAAGAAUCUGGAUCGGUUAUUACAGAUGCCGUAUGGCUGUGGAGAACAGAACAUGAUUAUUCUUGCUCCCAACAUUUACAUCCUACUGUACCUUGAAGUAACGGGACAACUCACCGCACCCAUCCGAGAGACUGCCACAGGCUUCCUUAAAAGUGGGUACCAAAGACAACUGAACUACAGACACAACGAUGGUUCUUACAGCACCUUUGGUAAUGAUGAAUCAAAUACAUGGUUGACUGCCUUUGUCAUGAGGUCUUUUGGUCUAGCGAGGCAGUUUAUCUUCAUUGAUCCACAUGUCCUGCAGAGUGCAAAGGAUUGGUUGAUCCGCAAACAGGGUUCAGAUGGUUGUUUCAUUCAGCAGGGAACUCUGUACCAUAGUGAAAUGAAGGGUGGAGUUGGUGAUGGUGUGACCAUGACUGCCUACAUUGUUGCAUCGCUGCUGGAACUAGGUGUCCCCACCAUGGAUCCGGUAAUUACCAAUGGUCUGUCAUGCUUGAGGCCUGUCGUUGGGAACCUGGUAAACACUUAUGUAACUGCUCUGCUCGCCUACACCUUCAGUCUGGCUGGAGAGACCACCACUCGAUCACAGCUUUUAACUUCCUUGGACAACCUUGCCAUUUCUAAUGGUACUAAUCUCCAUUGGUCUCAGACGACAUCUGGUGAUACUCUGGCGGUGGAGAUCAGCUCUUACGUGCUGCUAGCAGUUCUCGCUGUUCAGCCUCUCACAACGGCUAAUCUGGGCUAUGCUAACCGCAUUGUCAACUGGCUCGUGACCCAGCAGAAUCCCUAUGGAGGCUUCUCAUCCACCCAGGACACAGUGGUGGCUCUUCAUGCCCUGUCUGUGUACGCUGCUCAAGUGUUCAGCUUGGACGGCUCCAGCUCUGUUACCGUACAGUCCUCAGAAGUAGGUGGAGACUCCUACAGCUUCAAAGUGAAUCGGGACAACAGGCUGCUGUAUCAGGAGAAGCGGCUGAAGAACGUUCCUGGCAAAUAUACUGUUAAAGUGUCAGGAUCCACUUGUGUGUCUGUGCAGGUUGCGUGUUUCUACAACAUCCCAACACCUGUUAAAUCUGCCAAAACGUUGAGUGUCAAAGCAAAUGUGAAUGGAGACUGCCAACAACUCGGCGCCAAUCUCAUGUUAAACUUCACAGUGAAAUACGAUGGUGUAAAAGCAAGCACUAACAUGGUUGUGGUUGAUAUUAAGCUCCUGUCAGGGUUCACGGCAGAUAAGUCACUGCUUGAAUUAUUUGACCCGAUAAUUGAGCGAGUUGAUCUUGAAGAUGAUCAUGUCCUGGUGUAUCUAAAAGAGGUUCCCAAAGGCGUCCCCAUGAGUUACACUCUGCAGCUGAAUCAGGUUCUUAAAGUGAACAAUCUCAAGCCAGCGGUCAUACAUGUGUAUGACUACUAUCAGACAAGUGAUUCAUUUGAGACCACCUACACGUCCCCCUGUCCAUGAUCUGAUUGACUCAUGACUUAAAUAAAACCGCUUUUAUUCAAUCAGUUCUCUUGUUGCCAGUUUU